AGUGCAGGAAGCAGUUGUUACAGCAGUACCAGAAGAGUGAGGACACCAGGCUGCUGUGUCCAGAUUGCCCCCAGCCCUCCAUGGUCAAGAACAGCCGCUCGCUGGAGCACUGUGCUCGCAAGUGCAGCAAGAACAAGAAAACCUUCACCUGCAGGGCAUUCUACUUUGACCAUCAAAACAGGAAAUGCCACUUGCUUCCCUUUGACCGCUUCAUGGACAGUGCUCACAGGGAACACAGGGUGAACUUUGACCUUUAUGAGAAAAAAGAUUAUGUGAGGGAGUGUAUCAUCGGUUCCGGGGUGAACUACAAAGGCAGGAGGGCGGUAACCAAGGACAAGAUUCCAUGUCAGUCAUGGACUGAAUCCUUCCCUCACGAACACACGUAAUUUUAUCUAUUUUACCAAAUGUUUAAAUGUUAUUUUUCUGUGGGAUAUGCAGAUUUGU